AAUACUAAUACAUUUUUGUAUGAAUUCCUUUAUUUUUUUAUUUUCUCAUUUCAAACCAGAGCCGUAUUUAAUGGAAGUCAGUAGUGGCCAGGCACCGUUGAACUAUGGUCUAAUAUUAUAUUAGUACAUUUUUUUAUUUUUUUUUGUGGUAAAAAUUUGUUUAAGUACCUAUUUAAACUUUCUGUCUUUUCAUAUUUUAGUAAGUAGUCUGACUGUCCAAGUCUAAACAGUACUAACACAGUAAAAAAUUGAUCUUAGAAGAUUGUCAAUAAUGAUUGUGAUAACACUAUAAUAAUAACUACCCCCUAUUACCACUCACAAACAACUCGAUAUCAAUAGCAUGUUAUACUUAUUUUUGUAUUUAUGUUUUGUGUAAAUAGCUGUUUACCCCUAGCUUCAGUGCAGAUCGUUUUGUACUCCAUUUUCUAUUCUCACCGAACGAGCUUGUUCGCUUUUGAGUGUUGACUUUAACAGUUUUUAACUAGCAAAUUAAAGUUUAAAUGAUCAUUUAUAAUAUUUGUGACUAGUUUUGAGUGUUGACUGUUCGAUUCCAAAAUUCCCCUGUCUCAUAAUUCAACUAUAAAAUUGUUAUUUCUGUCAAAAUCAAUUUGUUACUGAUCAGUGAAUCAUUUUAUAAUUGUACAUUUUUUUUAUACCUACCUUUAAUUUUUUAAUAAAUAAUUAAUUUAAUUUGUCUUUUCGCAAUUUUUUUUUAAAAAUAAAUGUUAAAUCGGUGCACACAAAAAAUAAUUUCUUUUUCUUUUUACCUUCUAAUCUCAGAGUCUUACAUAGGAAGUUUAGGGUUUGGGGGCUAAUUUUUUGAUGGGAUCCUUAGCUUAAAUUAUAAAUUCAUUUUUUUCUCUAUAUUACUCUUUUAUGUUCUUUGUAUUCUUUAUAUUUUUAUAUAUUUGUUAAGAAUUUAAGAUUACAAAUAAAUUACACCAUAAGUAAUUAUUUAAUGUUGAUUGAUAUAAAUACAACUCUGAAUGAUAAAUAUUAAUCAUAAAAAAUUUAAAAUUUAAAUAUAAGUAAAUAAAUGUACUUACUCUAUAUUCUGUUCAAAAUAAGAAACGCCUGCGACGGCGACAAGUUUUAGUCAACGGCGGUCAGUCAUGCUCAUUAUAUACCUACUUUACCGACUCGGCUCGACUGACCCAGUUUUAGUGAAACCACACCCAUGAGCAGAAACUGGCUACCGCAGGCGUUUCUUAUUUUGAACAGAGUAUGAAAGACUAUACGAUAAAAAGACUUAUGAUAAUACCACUUAAGAAUAAUCUUUCUCUACAUUUAAAAGAGUUAUUUAAGGUCAACAAUGAAAGAAGCAGUAGCGGAUUUAAGGAGGGCGUCAGAGGAGCGUGGAACCUAAUUUGGUCAACGAUUGCCACGAGUUUCAUAACACGUAACAGUACAAUAAAAUAAGGAAACUACACUGUGGAAAAUUUUUGAAUUAGAAAUUUGUAUUCAGUGCUUUAAAGCAUAAACAUAAAUUUUCGUCAGUCUUUUAGUGCAUUGUUUAGUUCCAAAAUGUUUUUCGACAUUGAAUAUGAUCCAAUUACGGGUGUUACGACGUAUACUAAUACGCCUGACAACAAUUUGACGACGGAAGCCGCUCUCAAUCAAAUACUCAACGAAAUAGCGAAUGUUGACGCAUUGGUUGAAGCACUUAAUGGAUAUAUUCAAAGAGAUUCUCUAGAGAACCGUGAACAAAUCGAUAAACUGUUUAUGAAGCUUACUAAUAUAGUAAUUCAGUUGGAUGAAGAAAAAUUAAGCAUGAGUAUUAAAAAUAUAUUAAAAGUUGCUUCUACACAAACAGUUAGUGUGCGCCAAAAAAGUUUUCUUAAUAUGCUUCAAAAAUUAGUUCAAAAACAUGGUGUUUCUUCAAGGUUGAUGUGUGAAUGUAUAAUUAAUUCUGAAUACCUUGUAUAUACUAAUUCUGAAUUCUGGAUAGAGUGUUUUCAUAUAAUUAAAAGCAUAUUAGCUACAGUUGACUAUAAAGGAGUUAGAGAAAUAAUGAAAGGUUGCAUUGACAAAAUGGUUGCAAUGCCAAAAGUAUUACCUGCAGCUAUAUUGCCUCAGUUUUUUGCACUUGAAAAAGUUAUUCGAUAUAUAUUUGAUAGAGAAGCUUGUCUACUUCCUGGUUAUUUCGUUAUUAAUGAAAUACUCAAAGUAUAUAGUGAAAACAAGGGAUGGCCACAUUGGAAAUUGAGUUGUUUGGUAUCAAAUUUUGUGGAGAGCUUUCGAGGUGCUGCACAAAUGACAACAAUGAUUGGUCAUUCUUUCAUGUUACCUGUAGUAGAACAUUCUGGUUAUGGUGAUCACUUGAUUACUCCUUGGAAAUUAGAUCCAAAUACAUUAAAACUGAGUUUAAAAGGGAAUAUACCAUACCCUAAAAAACUUUUGCUACCACAGACAAAACUAUUAAGUUAUGUACUUGAACAGCCUUAUUCUAGAGAUAUGGUUUGCUCUAUGCUUGGUCUACAAAAAGUGAAUAAACAAAGAUGUGUUGUAUUGGAAGAACAGUUGGUAGAGUUAAUAAUUAGAGCAAUGGAAAAAACUGAUAAAGAAAUGACAGAAGGCACAGAUCCAGAAGAAAACCAUUGGCUAUGGUUACAUAUUUCAAGUCAAUUAAUCUAUUUUAUAUUAUUCCAAUUUUCCGUGUUCCCAAAUAUUGUCAAUGCUCUUUAUGAAAAACUAUUAAAAAAAGAUUUACAUAGAUCAAGAGAUCGUUUGAUGUGGGUAUUUUUACAAUACAUAUCAGGAAGUAUUCAACGAAAUUCACUUGAAAAUAUUUUGCCUGUAUUGAAACUGUAUGACUUACUGUAUCCUGAAAAAGAACCAUUACCUGUUCCUGACACUAGUAAUGCAUUUUGCACUCAUCAAAUGGCUGUUACUUGCAUUUGGAUUCAUUUAUUACGUAAAGCUCUAAUGGAAAAUAUUAAAUUCCAUAGACCAAUACCAUUAGCUUUAAAAGCACAUCACGAUUAUUUACAGAUGCUUGUACAGCCUUCAAAUAGUGCUUUGAGUAUGGGUACUGAUUACCGUGUACCAUUAUUGUGCAAUGCAUUUUCAACAAAUAAUGAGUGUUUAAAUCGUCCAAUGGGAGCUCUUGUAGAUGCUGUGUUAGGGAGUAGUAAUAAUCGAAGUAUAUCUGGUAUAACAUCUAAUACACAGCAGUCAACACAGUCGCCAGUAAUAACUCCUGCAGUAGGUGGUACAUCUCCAGUAGCUUCGGUGCCAGGUUCUGGUGGUACUACAAGUCCAAUUAAUGGGAAUGUCUCUUCUUCUAAUACCAUGAGUCCAACUACUCCACUCAGAAUGGCUGUUUUAGAUUCAUUGACAAUUCACGCAAAAAUGAGUUUAAUUCAUAGUAUAGUGACUCAUGUACUGAAGUUGGCGCAUUCUAAGUCUAAUUUAGCAUUGGCACCCUCGCUCGCAGAAACGUACAGUAGACUUUUAGUUUACACUGAAAUAGAAUCAUUGGGAAUUAAAGGAUUUAUAAGUCAAGUAUUGCCUACUGUUUUUAAAUCUCAUGCGUGGGGAAUUCUAUACACUCUGUUAGAGAUGUUCAGUUAUAGAACGCAUCAUAUUCAUCCACAUUAUAGAGUUCAACUUCUUUCUCAUUUACACACUUUAUCUUCAGUACCUCAAACUAAUCAAACUCAACUCCAUUUAUGUGUGGAAAGCACUGCAUUAAGACUGAUUACUGGGCUUGGUAGCAAUGAAGUGCAACCUCAAUUAUCUCGAUUUUUAAGUGAACCUAAAACUAUAGUAUCAGCUGAAUGUGAAGAACUCAACCGUGCGCUUGUCUUAACAUUAGCUAGAUCCAUGCAUAUUACAGGCACAUCAGCUAGCCAAGAAGGGUUUUGGUGCAAAGAGUUACUAACUACAAUUAUGGCCAAUACACCACAUACUUGGGCUCCACAUACAUUACAAUGUUUUCCUCCUGCACUUGCAGAUUUCUUUGUCCAUAAUCCAAUUACUAAAGAAAAUAAACAGCAACUAAAAAAAGCAGUUGAAGAAGAGUAUCGAAAUUGGGCAUCAAUGACUAAUGAAAAUGAUAUCAUUGCACAUUUUUCUGUACCUACUGCUCAUCCAUUGUUCUUAUGUCUUCUGUGGAAAAUGAUAAUAGAAACUGACAGAAUCAAUCCAAUUGCUUAUAAAAUAUUGGAGCGAAUAGGUGCUCGAGCUUUAUCUGCACACCUUCGCAAGUUUUGUGAUUAUUUGGUAUUCAAAUUUGCUGUGUCAGAAGAAGGCCAACAUGUUAAUAAAUGUGUGGAUGCUAUCAAUAGCAUGAUUUGGAAGUACAAUAUUGUAACAAUUGAUCGCCUUGUUCUGUGUCUUGCACUUCGUACUCAGGAGGGCAGUGAAGCACAAGUGUGUUUUUUUAUUAUACAGUUACUCUUAUUUAAAGGUUCUGAAUUCAGAGCUCGAGUGUGUGAAUUUGUUAAAGAAAAUUCACCUGAACACUGGAAACAAUCUAAUUGGCAUGAUAAACAUUUAGCAUUUCAUAGAAAAUACCCUGAAAAAUUUGCCCCUGAAGGAAUUUUGGAUCCUGCAUCUUAUCAGCCAUUACCUGUGUAUUUUGGAAAUGUUUGCCUAAGAUUUUUACCGGUUUUUGAUAUAGUUAUUCAUAGAUACCUUGAAUUACCACCAGUAACCAAAUCAUUAGAAACUCUCUUGGAUCAUUUGGGAUGCUUGUAUAAGUUCCAUGAUCGCCCCGUCACAUAUUUAUAUAACACAUUGCAUUACUAUGAAUCCAAAUUACGUGAUCGACCAACAUUAAAACGUAAACUUGUGUACGCGGUGCUUGGAUCACUAUGUGAAACACGUGGCUGCUGGACACUAUCUGAAGCGUAUCAAAAGUACAAUAUACAAACACCAACAUCCAUAAAUUCAAAUUCUAUGGGUACUAGUACUGAUGUCACAGUUACACUUUCGAAUCCUAUAUGGGUGCCUGAUCUCGAAUAUUAUGUUAUGCUGGUCAAACGAAUUACAGACACCAUAAAUGGAAAUAUGAAGUUUCCAAAUAUAGACUGGAGAUUUAAUGAAUUCCCCAAUCCUGCUGCUUACGCACUUUACAUGACAUGUGCAGAACUCAUGGCUUUACCACUAUCUCCAGGUUUAGUGGCUAAUUCUUUACUUGAUGUCGUGAUGAAAAAGUAUACUGAAAUUCCAUCACAUGAAAUACAUUGUUGGAUAAACAGUAUUGGCCUUAUAUUGUCCUCAAUGCCAGAACCAUUCUGGGUGACAUUACAAGACCGAAUCCUGCAAAUUAUGCAAAGUCCUGGUUUGGUCACAUGGAAGUAUGCACACACACCAUUCCAAUUAUUUAAUUUUGAUCUUGCUCAUGGGUGUAUGCUUGACAACCGGUUUGUGUACAUGUUAGCCUUGGCACAUGCCUCAUGGCAUCAUGCUGGUGUUGGACACAUAUCUUCUAUACCACUGUUUGUAAAAGAAAAGCUUGGUCCGUCAGUAUAUAGCGAAGAACAAUUCAUAUUUUUAUGUCAUCUGGUUGCACCAUUCUUAUCCCGUUAUAAUCCCGAUAAGCCAUCACCCUCUAUAGUAGACAUCACUGUCGAACUAUUUAAUGCUUUGGAAAGAGUGGACAAACAUGUUCAUACUCUACGUUACAUGGAUCAAAUCUGCGAUCUUUUGUAUCACAUUAAAUAUCAAUACGUAGGAAAUUUAAUGAAGACUGCAGUGGAAGAUAUUGUGUACCGCCUUAGACAGCCCUUACAAAAGAAAUUAAGAUUUAUUACACAAUUGAGUUUAGCAGAAGUUGAGGAGAUGAAUCAACCAAGUGCAGAUCCUGUCGUGAUCACAAAUGGCACUGCAACGCCUCAAAAUACUAACACUGCAUCAGUAUCACAGUAAUUGGUUAAACUUAAUAAACAAUUUAUUAAUGUAUUAUAUUAAAAAUAAUUUUUACAAUACAAUGAAAUUAAAGUUUUUU